AUGCUUCGACAGGGUGAGGACGAGCCCCUUCGGGAGUAUGCAGCCAGGUUCAGCCACGAAUACUCCCGCUGCCCAGAUACUGAUGAUCGUGCUACCUUCGGUGCUUUCAAGAGUGGCCUCCGAGAGUCUAACUUCCGGUACCUGGUGCACAGCAACCCUUGGAACACAUAUGCUGAGCUCAUGAAGCAGGCAGCAGUUCACGCCAAGGCCGAGUAUUUCAACUCCAAGCGCAGCCCGGCAACCCCAGCGCGUAAUCCUUUUGCUGAUCCUCCGCUUGCUUCGUUCGGUGGCCACGAUACCGAAUCUUGUGUUGCCUUGCGCAACAUUAUUGAGGGACUUAUUCGUGAGGGGAAGCUGGAUAAAUAUGUGCACAACCUCCCACCCCCACCUAACCCUCACCAACGGCAGAUCAACAUGAUCUCAACCAUCAGUGGUGGCCCUACCUUGGCCGGAACCUCCAACAACUCCAUCAAACAUUAUGUCCGCUCCACCUAUGCGCACCAGGUCUUCAACACUGAGCAAGGACGCUUGCCAAAGACACAAAAAACAGGCUGGGCCCCCAUUACCUUCUGUGAGGAGGAGGAGCGUGGCGUUAUCCUCCCUCAUAAUGACCCAAUCAUUAUCCGAGCCGACAUCUCUAAUUUCGACGUUGGACGCAUCUUGGUGGACACUGAUAGCUCGGUCAGUGUAAUGUUUGCUAAUGCCUUCAACGAGCUCCAGGUCCCGUCUCAUUUGCUCGACCGCAGUGUCACACCCCUAGUAAGCUUCUCGGGCGAUGUGGUCCAGCCUAUUGGGAGCAUUCAUCUCCCUAUCUCUAUUGGAACGACCCCUCAGCGAAAAACAGUCACCACUCCCUUCCUUAUUAUUGAUUGCCCCACAGCUUACAACGUCAUCCUGGGGCGCCCUACCAUGGCCUAG